GUUUAACUUGAGUCACAGAGAAAAUGAAAGUGAAAGGAUUUGUACCGUGUUUAUAAGAUCAGUGUAAGGGGUUUUUCAGUUCAUCUGUUCUAGAGGACAGCAGGCAGCAGCUUUGAAGAAAAUGGAUGAGUUUAAGAUAUAUUUCUCUGGAGAAUCUAAAUCAGAUUCCACCAUUCGGUGUCACCUGUCUCCUAAAAUCAGUGCUGUUGAUAUGGAGAUCAGAUGGUUUAAGGAAACAGACUGUGUGUGUUUCUAUAAGAACAGACGGUUGAUAUUGGGAGAGAGUUAUGAAGGCAUAAUGAGUCUAUGCACUGAGGAGCUGGAGAGAGGAAUUGUGUCCUUGCGGCUGAAGGAUGUCAGAGAAUCACAUGUUGGUGAUUACCUGUGUCAGGUCACCAGUGGAGACAGGACAGCAGAGAUAACAAUAAGGACAUCAUUAAAGGCCCAUGGAGAUCAUAAUGAAAUGCCUCUACAAACAACAACAUUAUCGACUAAACAGAUCGACAAAACAUGGACUAAUGAGGAGAGAAUAAAAAUGGCAAAUUCUGCUUUAUUGGCAGUUUUCAAUAGUCUAGAAAAAACUGCUCCACUAAAGGAAGAUCUUCAGGGCAACAAGACUACAGUGCCACAGGCAGUAAAAGAGGAAAAUAGCAUGAAUUUCCCAGAGACAGAUAUGGAAACCAGUGGCGGUACACCGGAGAAACAAGAAACUAAACAAAACCCACAUCUGGGUGAUCAACAACCAGGAUUUUCAAGUCAAAGAUUACAGGACAGUGAUGUUAAAGUGUGCAUCUUUCGGACUGGAAAAACAAAUGGCUGUGAGAAGGAUUUUACUGACAUGCUACAAAGCAGAAUUGAGAAUCUGACAGAAGUUGGAUCAGUGGACGAGAGUAAUAUUAUUCUGGUUUUCUGUCCUGUUGUUUCCCGAGCUGGAACUGACAUUGACAAUGCACUUGAAAGAUUCAAUCACAAUACAGAUACUAAGUUGGGAGUUCUAGUGGUGCUACAUCACACAUUUGACCCAGAGAAAACAGUCCCAGACAGCAGCAGAUAUGUCAACAGGACAGAUAUACUCACAGUGGACUGUCUGUUCUAUGAGGAUAAAGGAUUACUGAAGUGUCAGAAGAAUUUAGAUGCAUAUGACAAAGUUGAGACCUGGUUAAUACAGCAGGGGGGGCAAAGAGGUGUCAAAAUACGUCCUCGAGAAAUUAACCCAGGACAUAUCCAAGAUGCAGAACAUGAAAGAUGCAAAUUAAAUAAGAAAGGUGCAUCACUGACAUUGCUAGGAAACAACAAACCUAGUACAGUUUUCAAUAGGCUAGAAAAAACAGCUCCACUAAAGGAAAAUCUUCAGGGCAACAAGACUACAGUGCCACAGGCAGUAAAAGAGGAAAAUAGCAUGAAUUUCCCAGAGACAGAUAUGGAAACCUGUGGCGGUACACCGGAGAAACAAGAAACUAAACAAAACCCACAUCUGGGUGAUCAACAACCAGGAUUUUCAAGUCAAAGAUUACAGGACAGUGAUGUUAAAGUGUGCAUCUUUCGGACUGGAAAAACAAAUGGCUGUGAGAAGGAUUUUACUGACAUGCUACAAAGCAGAAUUGAGAAUCUGACAGAAGUUGGAUCAGUGGACGAGAGUAAUAUUAUUCUGGUUUUCUGUCCUGUUGUUUCCCGAGCUGGAACUGACAUUGACAAUGCACUUGAAAGAUUCAAUCACAAUACAGAUACUAAGUUGGGAGUUCUAGUGGUGCUACAUCACACAUUUGACCCAGAGAAAACAGUCCCAGACAGCAGCAGAUAUGUCAACAGGACAGAUAUACUCACAGUGGACUGUCUGUUCUAUGAGGAUAAAGGAUUACUGAAGUGUCAGAAGAAUUUAGAUGCAGCGGACAAAGUUGAGACCUGGUUAAUACAGCAGGGGGGGCAAAGAGGUGUCAAAAUACGUCCUCGAGAAAUUAACCCAGGACAUAUCCAAGAUCCAGAACAUGAAAGAUGCAAAUUAAAUAAGAAAGGUGCAUCACUGACAUUGCUACGAAACAACAAACCUAGUACAGUUCAUUUUCCAGGAAAGGUCAAAGUGUUCUCCAUUUUUGCUGGAAAGAUAAAAAGCUGUCAGAAGGAAUUUUUUGACAUUCUGAGAAACCGAACUGAGAAUCUGGAGGAAUCUCAUAAAGUGGACGAGAGUGACGUUGUUCUAGUUUUCUGUCCUAUUGUUUCUCGAGCUGGAACUGAUAUUGAUGCAGCACUGAACAAUUUAACUUACCCUACAGAUUCUAAGCUGACUGUUCUAGUGGUAAUUCAUCACACGUUUGACCCAGAGAAAACAGUCCCAGACAGCAGGAGAUCUAUCAACAGGACAGAUAUACUCACAGUGGACUGUCUGUUCUAUGAGGAUACAGGAUUACUGAAGUGUCAGAAGAAUUUAGAUGCAUAUGACAAAACUAUAAACUGGUUAAUACAGCAGGGGGCAAAAAUAGUCAUCAAGAAAUCCCCAUGUGAAAACAAAUCAUCUAUCUUUACAGAUGUUUCAUCUUUUUUACAGGCAUGGGCAGUGGGAUCUCCAAAACAGAAAUCUAAUGAGUUUAAGAUAUAUUUCUCUGGAGAAUCUAAAUCAGAUUCCACCAUUCAGUGUCACCUGUGUCCUGCAAUCAGUGCUGCUGAUAUGGAGAUCAGAUGGUUUAAGGAAACAGACUGUGUGUGUUUCUAUAAGAACAGACGGUUGAUAUUGGGAGAGAGUUAUGAAGGCAUAAUGAGUCUAUGCACUGAGGAGCUGGAGAGAGGAAUUGUGUCCUUGCGGCUGAAGGAUGUCAGAGAAUCACAUGUUGGUGAUUACCUGUGUCAGGUCACCAGUGGAGACAGGACAGUAGAGAUAACAAUAAGGACAUCAUUAAAGGCCCAUGGAGAUCAUAAUGAAAUGCCUCUACAAACAACAACAUUAUCGACUGAACAGAUCGACAAAACAUGGACUAAUGAGGAGAGAAUAAAAAUGGCAAAUUCUGCUUUAUUGGCAGUUUUCAAUAGUCUAGAAAAAACUGCUCCACUAAAGGAAGAUCUUCAGGGCAACAAGACUACAGUGCCACAGGCAGUAAAAGAGGAAAAUAGCAUGAAUUUCCCAGAGACAGAUAUGGAAACCAGUGGCGGUACACCGGAGAAACAAGAAACUAAACAAAACCCACAUCUGGGUGAUCAACAACCAGGAUUUUCAAGUCAAAGAUUACAGGACAGUGAUGUUAAAGUGUGCAUCUUUCGGACUGGAAAAACAAAUGGCUGUGAGAAGGAUUUUACUGACAUGCUACAAAGCAGAAUUGAGAAUCUGACAGAAGUUGGAUCAGUGGACGAGAGUAAUAUUAUUCUGGUUUUCUGUCCUGUUGUUUCCCGAGCUGUAUCUGACAUUGACAAUGCACUUGAAAGAUUCAAUCACAAUACAGAUACUAAGUUGGGAGUUCUAGUGGUGCUACAUCACACAUUUGACCCAGAGAAAACAGUCCCAGACAGCAGCAGAUAUGUCAACAGGACAGAUAUACUCACAGUGGACUGUCUGUUCUUUGAGGAUAAAGGAUUACUGAAGUGUCAGAAGAAUUUAGAUGCAUAUGACAAAGUUGAGACCUGGUUAAUACAGCAGGGGAGGCAAAGAGGUGUCAAAAAACGUCCUCGAGAAAUUAACCCAGGACAUAUCCAAGAUCCACAACAUGAAAGAUGCAAAUUAAAUAAGAAAGGUGCAUCACUGACAUUGCUACGAAACAACAAACCUAGUACAGGAAAGGUCAAAGUGUUCUCCAUUUUGGCUGGAAAUAUAAAAAGCUGUCAGAAGGAAUUUUUUGACAUUCUGAGAAACCGAACUGAGAAUCUGGAGGAAGCUCAUGCAGUGGACGAGAGUGACGUUGUUCUAGUUUUCUGUCCUAUUGUUUAUCAAACUGGAGCUGGUAUUGAAGCAGCACUGAACAAUUUAACUUACCCUACAGGUUCUAAGCUGACUGUUCUAGUGGUGCUUCAUCACACGUUUGACCCAGAGAAAACGGUCCCAGACAGCAGCAGAUGUGUCAACAGGACAGACAUACUCACUGUGGACUGUCUGUUCUAUGAGGAUACAGGAUUACUGAAGUGUCAGAAGAAUUCAGAUUCAUAUGACAAAACUGUGAACUGGUUAAUACAGCAGGGGGCAGAAAUAGGCAUCAGAAUAGCACCUCAAAGCAAAUCAUUUGGCUUUCCAAGCCUUUCAUUUCCAUAUUGGAGAAAGUGACCUAUAGGGCGGGUAGCAGAAUGACACUGAGGAUCGCUCAUCAACCACUCAGAAAGAUCCUGUGACAACUAUAUACCUCGACUCUUCACAGAUGAGAUCUACUGUAGCUUGCGUCUAUCAAAUAAAAAUGUUUUCAGAUAGUGCUUAAAAAUGCAAUAAUGUAAUCAGCUAAUUAUUAUCCAGUUUAUUCCAGCCACAGUAAACUAAAAACAGAUGUAAUUUGUCUCAGAAGUCUUUGUUUUAUUGUCUAUGGCAUCUGCUUGAAUUGUAUUUUCAGAAGCCUAGCAUGUUGACAGGCAUUUACAAACGAUUAUACAGUAUAAUUAUAUUGGCUACUAAUGUGUGCAAAUAAAUGACCUGACAAUGAGUGUAUACAAAGUAAAUUCUCAUUGCUGCAUGACAAAGCCCAUGUAUGAUAAUAAACUAAUGUUCAGUU